GCGGCACCAGCAGAGAAGAAGGAAGAGGCCCCUCCUGCCGAGGAGAAGAAGGAAGAGGCACCCCCUGCCGAAGCAGCCCCUGCAGCUGAAGCGUCCCCUGUUGCCGCAGCCGAUGCCGCUGUAGAGGUGAAGAAGGAAGAGGCCCCACCUGCCGAGGCAACGCCUGCAGAAGCCACUCCGGCACCAGCAGAGGCAGCACCCGCCGCCGAAGCGACUCCUGCCGCAGCCGAAGCCGCCCCAGCUGAGGCUGCCCCAGCAGAGGUUGCCCCAGCAGAGCCCGCCCCAGCAGAGGCCGCACCAGCGGAGGCCGCACCAGCGGAGGCUGCACCAGCGGAGGCUGCACCAGCCGCUGCCGCUGAAGCGCCGGCACCUGCUGAGGCUGCACCGGCAGAGGAGAAGAAGGAGGAGGCCCCCAAAGCCGCGGCCAAGGACUUCGACGCGGAGAUGAAGGCCAAGCUCGAGGACUCCGAUUCUAAUCUGGGAACCUGA